AUGUCUGUAUCACAGCAUGUGCACAGUCUUGUAACAUUAUGUUGGCCGAAUAAGAGACAGAUGAUGAGGGAAUCCCACGAUCCCCCGGCAAGGAACAAGGCCCUCGGAGCCACAUCCUUUCUAGGUUUCCUUAUUCCAAACAUCUCCAAUGCUCACGCCCGACGGAAGAUGGCGGCCUCACUCGCCUCCCUGGAGUUCCUGGGCCUGACGGAGGAGCACCUCGAGGCCGUCCUGCGCUUCACCCAACAGCACUUCUUCCCUCGCGAACCGCUGUGCUCGGGCCUCUCCGUGGGCGCCGUGGACCCGCGGGAGGGAACGAGGAUGGGGGACGAGCUCCGGAAGUGCCUCGCCUCCGGCCUGUCUGUCGGCGCCUUUGACAGGACGUCGCGCGACCUGGUCGGGAUAGGGCUCUCCUACGCAUGCGCGAAGGACGGCGAGACGGACGGCGAUGCGGGUCUCUCGCCGCCUUGCGAACUGGAAGCGAUGUACAAGCGGGACGACCUCGUGUGGGCCUCCGUCGGGCUGUUCGACGUCCCCGGGGUGGAGAAGAUCCUGGGGAUGAGCAUCUGGUGCGUCAGGAGCGACUACGGGCGGCGGGGGAUCGCCAGGAAGAUCGCCGAGCUGGCCAUCGAAGCCGGGAGGGCCGCGGGCUGCCAAGAGGCGCGUCUGAUCGCCAGCAACGUCUUCACUCAGUCCCUGUUCUCCAAGAUGGGCUUCGCGACCCGCUUUACCCUCGACCUGACCUCUGACCCCGACAUCGACGUGGCGGCCAUGGGAGGCACCACGACUUCGUGCCUUAUGAGUAUGAGGAUCUCGUGACGGAUGAGCUGUGCUAGGGAUCAGAAGAUUUUGGUGAAAUCUCGGCGAAUUUGUGAAAGGACUUAAUUGCGCG